AUGUCUAAUGUUGCUUUUGACUCGGGGCACUCUGCCAACAUUACUGAUGCUGCGGUAGAUACGUCGGGAAAGUUGGUGGCAUCCUCUGGAGAGGAUGGAACCAUUCGCAUUUUUGCCGUUCAGUCCGCCCCCCAUGACGAAGGGAGCGAGAACGUUGACAGUGACUGGAAACUACUCACUGUUCUCGCUGGUCAUACGGGAAGUGUGGUGUGCGUGGCAUGGGCGCCUCCGCAGCACUACAUCUCAGCCCUUCUUUCUUGUGGGGAGGAUGGCCAGGUGAUUUUGUGGAGUGAUGUUGGGAACGACUCGCGGGAAUGGACAAAAGUAUACACGGCCGCACUCCCAUCGCCCAUAUGGUGCGCUGCUUGGGCCCCGCCAGCUUACGGUAAGAUGUUCGCUGUUGGAUGCAAAAAUGGAGCUGUUGUUAUCUUUACUGGUGAACUGCAACGGUGGGAACGCAGUGAGUUUAGUGCCCAUCGCAGUGGUUGUUUUUGCCUUUCGUGGGGCCCGUCCAUGCCACCAGGGGCGUUGUUUACAUUGCCUCUGGAGGAAGACCCGCAAGCACUGCGAUCACAAGAUCAACAACCGGGCCUGCCGAUCGCUCCACCGCGUAUUACAACGUGCGGAGGGGAGCGCGUCGUGACGGUGUGGACUCGAACUGCGGAUGGCUGGCAGCCAUUGGAGUUGCCCGUAGGGGUUGAGGCAUCAUGGAGAGAAGUAGCGUGGGCACCCGGGCUUGGGACUCCUUAUACGUACAUCGCUGCUGGUUCUGAAGAGGGUUUCGUGGCGGUGUGGUCGCAUGACGGCACACCUGUGGGAGAGUGGGUCCGCGUGUUAUUAUGUCAGCAAGAGGAUAGUAUAACGAAACUUUCUUGGUCGCCUGUGGGCACCUUUUUGCUAGUGUCUUGUGCGAACGGAACCGCAAGCAUGUGGCAGGAGUCAGCAGGGGGACAGGAGUGGGAACGUUCGUGUAAGCUACCUUAA